AUAUAACUAAUUCGUGUCUCAUUGAAUUUGGUCCUGCCUGAAUAAAUUAUGCGAGCGAUUAAUAAAUAAAAAAUAAUAAUAUGUGAAUUGUUAAUAAUGUUAAGACUCUUUCUCCGAAAAUAUAGGACUAUGAUACUGGCUAGUGUAUUCUUUUUUUAUUUAGGAUGUUGUCUUACAAUAAAUUUUACUCGCAUAGAAUGUGCAUUUAAAACAUCAAGCAAAAACGAAUUAGAAACUCGAGUGCAGUCUUUAUCAAAAGCACAAUAUGUUGUAAUUAUACUUAGUAGUCCAAACAAUGAGCCUAAGCGCGAUGCUAUAAGGGCAACGUGGGGAAAUUUUGUUAAUAACAUAUUUGUAGAAAAUGGUGAAAUAAUAAACAAAUGGAACCACACUAGAAUAUCAAAACAAUCGCAACAAAAUGUUGUUAAAUUGUUGUUUGUUGUGGGUACGUUAGGUUUAAGUGGAACAAAAGCAGAUAAAUUGGGAAAUGAACAGAAGCGUUAUAAAGACUUUUUAAUCCUUGAGAAUGUUGAGGAUAGUUACAAAAAUUUAUCACUAAAAUUAUUAAAUGCCUUAAGUUGGAUAAGUGAAAAUUUAAAGGAUAUGAAAUAUGUAAUAAAAUGUGAUGAUGAUUCCUUUGUUAGAAUUGAUUUAAUAGUCAAAGAUCUUGAUGCUUUUGCACCAAGUAUGAAUGCACCUAAACUAAACAAAUUUGUUACAUUUAAGGAACAUCUGCCUACAUACAAAGGGUUAUAUUGGGGUUAUUUUAACGGUCAUGCUGAAGUGUUCCUUACUGGCAAGUGGCAAGAAAAGGGUUGGUUCUUGUGCGACAACUACUUGCCUUAUGCACUUGGUGGUGGCUAUGUGAUAUCUCGCAGGAUUGUGGAUUAUAUAGCCCAGAAUAUGGAUUUUCUAAGUUCUUAUAAUGCCGAAGAUGUAUCAAUGGGUGUUUGGACAGCUUCAUUGAAUGCAAUAAACAGAGUUCAUGAUGUCAGGUUUGACACUGAAUGGAAAUCACGAGGCUGCAAAGACAACAUGCUCAUAAGACACAAGCAAACAACAAGUGAUAUGUUCCAAAUGUACAAAUCUCUUGCACAAUCAAAUGGAGAAAAGCUCUGCAAUACUGAAGAACUUCAUAGAAAAACAUAUUUCUAUAGUUGGAAUGUACUGCCCAGUAGUUGUUGUAAAAGAAAUUAAUAGUAAUAUUAUUUAUUCCUAGUCUUAUCUAAGAUGUAAUUUAUUGUAUUAAAAGAUUUAUUAAUUUUUUAAUACUUUAUUUUCACAAAUCAAUGAACACAAGAAUAGAAUUCUUUAAAUUAUAUUUCAACAUGGAAACAAUCUGAAAUAAAUGUGCAAGCUUAGACCACUAUGCUAUUAGCACAUGCUAAUAGAAAUAUAAUAACAAAGAUAUAAAAAAAAUCAUGAUCCAAA